UUGUAGGCAGACGAUGGGGUUAUCCGAUCUGUCGAAACAAUAAUGUUUCAUAGUUAUCUAUAGAACAAAAUGACGUUUAUUGAAACUGAUACAGCAGCGCAAGAAAGGUUCAAUCUCCUGCUGCUGGAACCGGGAGAAAUCUAUUUUGAAGACUUCAGUGUAUUUUUUUAUCCAAGUAAUCUGUCAGAAGCUGAAGCCAUCAAAAGGAAACAAAGGGGACAUCUGAAGAUCUGCUCUAAAUCUAUUGUAUUUGUUCCUAAGGAGAGCCAGCAUCCUAUUCUUAAGUUUCCACUGAAAUAUGUCAAGGAAAUCAAUGAAUGGUCAGGUGGCCUGUUUUCAAGAAUGGACAUGAAUGACCGCAUGGUGAAGAUCAAGUCUGAUCAAGUCAUUGCUAUGAAGGAAAAAAACAUAAUUGCUCCAUAUACAUUCCUAAAGGAGCCUGUAGAGCUGAGAUUUUCCCUGAACUAUGUGACUGCCGAUGACUGCCUUCCCCAGAUGUGUCAGCUACAUCGGGCAUCUACUCUUCCUCCUGCAGACCAGUCUGCCAUGAUCAAUGCCAUUGUUUUGUCAAGGAGAUCUCGAGUGAAUUUUAACACAAGCUGGCUGGAUGACCUGUAUGAAAAGAUCCUAAUGGAGGCCCAGGGUGACAAGAUCAGCCCUCUGGUGACCAACCCUGGUCGCAUCAUGCUGACCUCUUCACGGCUCUACUUCCAACCUUUCAACAACAUAGAAAGUGUGCCAGUCAUAAAGAUAAGAUUUAAAGACAUGAAGCGAGUGAUAAAGAGAAGAUUUCUCCUCCGACAACUGGGUAUAGAAAUAUUUUGUCAAGAGAAUUCCACCUGUCCACACCUGUAUUUGUCACUGAAGACGACAGAAGAACGCAACGAAUUGUAUGCACAUUUAAUGCAGCAAAAAGAUGUAAAGUUAGAAGACACUGGACAAGAAGAUAUGACACUACGCUGGCAGAGUGGAGAUAUAUCAAACUAUGACUAUCUUAUAUAUCUAAAUAGUGUUGCUGACCGCAGCUUCAGUGACUUAACACAGUACCCAGUGAUGCCCUGGAUCAUUCAAGAUUACACAAGUUCACAUCUCGAUUUGUCCAAUCCAUUAACAUUUCGUGAUCUCAGCAAACCCAUAGGAGCCCUAAAUGAAGAAAGAAUUUCAAAAAUGAGGGAAAGGUAUGCUGAAAUGCCGGAGCCUAAAUUUAUGUAUGGAUCUCAUUACUCCACACCCGGUUAUGUCCUCUUCUAUCUAGCUCUCAUUGCACCAGAAUAUGUCCUGUGUUUGCAGAAUGGAAAGUUUGACCAACCAGAUAGAAUGUUUAACAGUAUGUAUGAAACAUGGCAGAAUUGUAUGAUGGGAGCUGCUGACUUCAAAGAACUAAUUCCAGAGUUUUAUUCUCUUGGUUCUCCUGAGUUCCUCCUCAACAAUGGGUUAAGCAACUUUGGGAUACGACAAGAUGGGCGACCAGUAGGCAACGUAGAACUGCCUCCUUGGGCUGAAGGGCCUGAGGAUUUUCUGCGGAAACUGCAUGAGGCCCUGGAGUGUGAACAUGUAUCAACUCACCUCCAUGGGUGGAUUGACCUCAUUUUUGGAUACAAACAGCGGGGCUAUGAGGCAGAGAAAGCUGAUAAUGUGUUCUACUAUAUGACAUAUGAGGGCAGUGUGGAUCUUGAUAGUAUACAAGACCCCAACGAGAGAGCACGCAUGGAGAUACAGAUUAUGGAGUUUGGCCAGGUGCCCAACCAGCUAUUUAAAACCCCCCACCCCCAGAGAUUCACUUCCCCUUCCCCCCGGAGUGGCUCAAGUCGUACAUCCAGUACUAAUGAGGGGGUGAUUCCAGUCACAGCAGACUCCCUCAAAGACUUCACACCUGUACAUGUGUUAGAAGAGGAUGAAGCUUCAAACCCUGCUGAUGUAACACUGACAGACUUGACAUCACUACAGCUGUACCACAAGUACACACUGCAUAAAGAUGGUGUAACAGACAUCAAGUUAUCAAGUGAUGAGAAAAACAUAUUUUCCGUUUCACAAGAUAGUUUACUGAAGAUGUAUUCCUUGGAGGACCAACGUCAGCUGAGGAGUAUCAACAUUUCUACCAUGGCUUUGUCUUCAUGUCAGCUGAUGCCAGAUGAUAAAACAAUCAUUGUAGGCUCCUGGGACAAUAACGUUUACUUCUACAGCAUAGAGUUUGGAAGGGUCCUAGACACAUUGUGUGCUCAUGAUGAUGCUGUAUCAAACAUACUAUGGAGAAACAAUAAGUUACUAACAGCUUCCUGGGACUCGACUGUCAAGAUUUGGAAAUUUAUCCCUCCAAGUGCUUCCACCUCCUUUACAGUGGCUGAAUAUGCUGGGCAGCUGGACCACGAUGCUGGAGUGAACUGCCAGUGUACAGAUGGAGGACUAUCUCUCCUUGUUACUGGAACAAUCGAGGGACACAUCAAUGUCUGGUCGAUAUCAAGUGGCUACCAGAUAGCUUCUCAUGAAGUGCACCAGGGCAAGAUCAAUGAUGUCACAAUAAGUCCAGACUGCCGACGGAUACUGAGUUGUGGAGAGGACAAAAUUCUGCGUGUACUAGACAUGGAGACAGGAACAGAGAUAUUGGUCAGGGAUCUACAGACACAAUGCAUGUGUUUUAAGUGGAUUAGUGGUCUUCUGCUGACCGGUGAAGCAUCAGGAAGUAUUCAGCUAUGGGACAUGGAUAAAGGUCAGAUGGUCAGCACGCUAGCCACACACACUGGUACUGUGACAUGUUUGGAUCUGAAAAAUAAGAGCUUAUUAACUGCAGGACAGGACAAGACUGUUAGUAUGUGGAAGAUCCAGCAGUGAUUUCUGAUAAUAACCUCAAAGUAGUGUGCUGGAAUCUGUAUAAAGAGACACCUGUAAAUCUAGAGGAAAUACUGAGUUAGUUUAUCAUGAGGUUUGUAACAUGUUGUAAAUAACUAUAACCAUAUAUUUUGUAAAAUACUUUAUUGUAUUUAUAACAAUGCCUCAUUAAGCUUCUUAUUUAUAGGCUGAGAUUUUGAGUUUACUCUUUUGAAGUGUUUUUAAUUGUUCAAUAUUUGAACUUAAGAAAUAUUAAGGAAGAUACUGAAAUUUUGAUAUACUUUUGCUAGUGAAAGUUUGCUUAAAAAAGAGGUAUUUGCAUUGUUCAUUAGUUACUGAUUGUAAAUAGUAAUACAUAUAUACCACUCACAGAUGUUAGGUAUAGAGGGUUUACUGGAACCAGGUUGUCUAUAGGUCUGUCUGUCUGUUGUUUGCACUAUGCCUCCCAAACACUGCAACAUUUUUGAAUGAUGCAUGUACUUAUAACACAGCCCUUACGUCAAGGGUAAGAAUUAGAGUUACCUCCCUUAUUUAUGGAGUUAUUGCCCUUUGUUUAAACCCUUUGUUUAAAAAAAUGGUUUACACUACUACUCCCAAAGUGCAAUACUCAUUUGAAUGGUAUUCAGUACACAGAACCCUUACAUUCAGGGGAUAGGAUUAAAGUAUUGGUGUUAGCUCUCCUAUUUAUGGAGUUAUAUCGCUUUGCUUAAAAUCAUACUGUUAUGGACUAUUUCAAGAGUUCGUAGCGCAGGAGGGGGAUAUUAAUUGGCCAUUCUGGUGACAGUUCUAGGCCCCUUUCAGUUGAAAAGGUUAAACCUGAAAAAAACGACAUGCGCAGAUCUGAACGGAGGCUGACCUCGGGAAUAUUCAGCAUGUGUAGAUUGAGGGGUCGUGCCUGACCUAAACUAAUAUGCUGGCUAUUGCUAGUUUGCUUUAUUUCUUGAUAAAACAAGGCCAAUUAACAUGUAGAUUUUAAUAUACAUCAUUUAGUGGGUGCAUGAUAAAAGAACAUAUUAUUCUUUAUACAAUCAUAUAUGUUGUUAUUUAUUCUCUGGAACUGUGCAUUAUUUAGCUGUGCCUACAGUUCAGUCCAAGUGUGUUUAUUUAUCUUGGAAUAUUUUUGUGCCACCUGAACUGUUUCACCCGAAUACGCAAAUGCGACCCUAGUUUAAUAUGAUAUUUAACAUUUUUCUGAAGUGUCAUAAAAAGUGGUUUCAUUCCAGGAUAAUUUGACGAUGCAAUAUAGACACAUCUUCAAUGUCAAUUAUUGGUUUCUUACCAGCUCAGGAUCAACAAUCAUGUCAACGUACACAGUAAAUAUAUAUCGAUCUUGAAUACUGAUUUGUUACUUUCAUGUUAUAAAUCAAUGAAAAUAUACGUACAGUGUAUAAUGUAAAAAAAAUGAUAUCCAUGUGAAGUAGGUAAGUACAUGUAUAAGAAAAAAUAAGUUAUAACUAUCUACCAUAUUAAAACUAACUGUUUUCCCCCUUCACCAUUCACAGUUUUAUUUGAAGGGUGAAAGCUGCUGGUUUUAAUUCGGUUGUUAUACUGUAUUUUUUCUAUGCAGUAAAUAUAAAUUCAACAUGUGAAAAUGAAGGAGGACUUCUUUUAAAGGAAGGAUUUCCCUAGCUUGUAUGGACUCUAUAUUAUGGCUGGCUUCCUUUGUUAUUUUAUGUAGCCUGCUUAACAGAAAACACAUUUAUUGUUCUACAGGAGGAAGAACAAUAUAUACAUGUACACAAUGGACAUGUAAUCUCAUGGACCGUUUUCUACUGUUAUGACAGGAAGUAUUGGAUUUAGUCUCCAUCAUCUAUGUAAUCAAAUGACGUCUGUGUUACAGUAUCAUAAUCGACAUGACAGCAACAUGUGUUUGAGGCAUAUAUAUUUUAGUUCAGUUGGAUAUCCAGCUUAGAAUUGAAAAUGUAUCAACCAAAGUAAUUACUUAAUACAUUUGAGGCUUUCAAUGGAAAUCAUGUAAAGUUACUACUUAACAACAGGUAACUAGCACAUCUCUUAGAGUUAGACAAUGGUGUCUAAAUAUAUGUUUAUAUAGAUGAUACGUGUGUUCUUGUGAUGUGACCAGUAAACAUGCUGUACAUUAUUUUGAAUUAACACCAUGUACUGCUACUGGCUCCAUGCUUUUUGAUUUCAUGCAUAGCUUCUAUUUAUUCCAUCCCAAGAAAUUAUUCAUUCCAUAUUUUCAAAAAAAAAUGUCAUGACAAUCCAUUUGAGUAAUAUUGGAUCGCUACGAUGUUCCAUAUUAUACAUGCUGUUUAGACAUCUCAGAUUUUAUAAAAUUUGAAUUAAGAUGAAGUGGACACAUUACAUUCUUUUAUCAAAAAAAUGAUAUGCAAACCUAUAUAACAUAUGUGCGAAUUACUUUCAUUCAUAGUCAGUAUGUUUUAUUGGUAUACGUCUAUCAUUUUGAAAUGUAUUGUGUUCUAGUCAUUUGCUGUUAUAUACAACACACAUUACCAGUAUUCAGUUUUGCUUAGAAUAAUUUAAAUAUUGGUACCUGCUGAAUUUCAGCAAUUUUUCACAAUUUGAUAUUAAUAUGAUAUUAAUAAUUAUAGUUAUUUUUUCCAAUACCAAAGAAGUACUGAAUUUUCCAUAAAUUCAGCAGAUAAUAUGUACCUAGCUGCUGUAAAGCUGUGUGGCACUUGUAAGAUUACAGUCCAUCUAUAAUAGAUUUAAAAGCAUAUCCUACCAGAUAUAUCCAUUUAUAUGGUUUAAGCGUUAAGGAAUGCAUAUCAAUCGCUUUUAAAUUAAUGUGGUCCAUGUUUCAUGUUAGAUAGUGUUGGAAAGUUGAUACUUUUAAAUAAAGCUGUUGGUCCAGACUCAAUUAAUAAUAGGAUGCUAAAAUAUACAGCUUCCUCUGUCUGUAAACCUUUGUGUAUCCUCUUUAACAGAUCACUUUCAGAAAACUGCUUCCCUAGUACGUGGAAAUUAGCAAAUGUUGUACCUUUAUUUAAGGAAGAUAAUCCCAGUAUGGUUUCAAACUAUAUUUAGACCAAUAUCUCCGCUAAGUUGUAUCAGUAAGAUGUUGGAACGUUUAGUUUUUAAGAAUAUUUAUAACUUCUUUCACACCAAUAAUUCAUUUUACAAAUAUCAAUCAGGGUUCUUACCAGGCCACUCCACCGUAUUCCAACUUUUGGAAAUCUACCAUAGUAUUGUCUCUGCUCUGGACAACCAACAAGACUGUUGUAUAGUCUUUUGUGAUCUAUCCAAAGCUUUUGAUAGGGUAUGGCAUAGGGGAUUGUUGUACAAAUUAGAAAAAUAUGGUGUGACAGGUAAUAUUUUGAAUUGGUUAAAAAGUUACUUAUUAGAUAGAAAAUAUAGAGUAUAAGCAGAUUAUUUGCUGAUGACACAUCCUUGGGUAAAUCAUCUGCAACCACCGGAGAGAUGGAAACUUAUAUAAAUCAUGAUCUAUCUAUUUUGGAAAAUUGGUCAAAGAAAUGGUUAAUGAAAUUCAAUGCAGUAAAAACAAAUAUGAUCUUUAUUUCAAAAAGACGAAAUACUACAUUAUCUGAUAUUGUAUUUCAAAAGAUUACUUUACUAUUCGUGCAACAUCAUAAACAUCUAGGUCUUUAUUUCUCCAGUGAUGGCAGAUGGUCAUACCAUAUUGACUGUAUUGCCAAGUCAGCAUACAAAAAACUAGUAUUACUCAAAAAACUUAAAUAUUCAGUGUCUAGAUAUUCUUUAUCUGUUCUUUAUAAAACAUAUAUUUGUCCCUAAUUGGAGUACGCAUCGGUAGUCUGGGAUGGGUGUUCUCAACCAGACUCUGAAACUGGAAGAAAUCACCUGGUAAGAAAUCUUAGGAACUUAAAUUUUCCAGAGAUCCUCCUAACAGACAUGAACACACUUCUCUGGGGUAAUCAUGAUCUCACUUUUGAAUAAAACAGUAAAACCUUUACCUAUGUAUGUAAGUACAUUAAGGAUACAAACCGCUUCUAGUAAGUAGUCUUAAUUACAACAAUUACAUCAUCUUCGAAGAUUUAAAUUUUCUUUAUCUGUAUGAAAACCUCGGUUAAUUCUCUAUGAGUAGGUCGGGGUACAGAGAAACAGUUGUCACCAACCUAUGUUGUUAAUUCAACUUAAAUUUAAAAAAAAAAAAAAAAUGUACAUGUUAAGACAGCUAUAUGAUGUACGUAAAAUGUA